AUGGCUCGUCUAUUGGGUGCACUACUGUUAUUCGUCCUGGUCUCCCAUGGAGAAUCACAAUCGUUCCUGGACGCGAUGAGGAAUUAUGGACCACCGCCGCAAAUAAUAAACAGGAUCGAUCCCAACGAUAAUAGAUACGACUUCAUCGUGGUGGGCGCCGGUUCAGCCGGCGCAGUUCUGGCCAAUCGUCUCUCGGAGAACAAAAAAUGGAAUGUUCUUCUUCUGGAAGCAGGAGGCCCCGAAACCCUUCUUCACCAGAUUCCAAUUCUUGUAGGGUAUUUCCAAUUAUCGAACUUUAACUGGGGUUACAAUGUGGAGCCUCAGGCAAACGCCUGUCUUGGGAUGAUCAAUCGACAAUGUUCCUGGCCACGAGGCAAAGCUCUGGGUGGCACCAGCACUCUUAACUACAUGAUCCACACUCGAGGAAGCAAGCUAGAUUACGACGUCUGGGCUGCGCUGGGAAACGAUGGCUGGUCAUACAACGAUGUAUUGCCAUAUUAUAAGAAAAGCGAACGAUUCGACGUUCCAGGUAUCAAGAACUCAACGUAUCACGGGGACAAAGGUUACUUGUGCGUGGAGCACGUUCCAUACCACACGGACCUGGCCAAGGCGUUUCUGAAAGCUGGCCGUGAGCUCGGUUACAAGAUUGUCGACUACAACGGCGAGGACCAAAUUGGCUUUUCGUACAUUCAAGCGAACCUGGACAAAGGAACCAGGUGCAGCGCCUCGAAAGCGUAUCUGCGGGUGAACAGGUUGAACCUGAACAUCGUUACCGGCGCGACGGUCACCAAAGUUCUAAUGGACGACAAUAAACGCGCGUUCGGCGUCCAAUUUAUGCAGAACAACCAAUCUAGGAGAGCCUUCUGCUCUAAAGAGGUCAUUCUAUCAGCUGGUACGAUAGACUCCGCUAAGCUACUAAUGUUAUCUGGAGUGGGUCCCAAGGAUCAUUUAGAAGAACUCGGGAUCAAAGUUGUGCAGGACUCGAAGGUCGGGUACAAUAUGUACGAACACGUCGGUUUUCUCGGAUUGACGUUCAUGGUGAACCAACCUGUGUCGUUGCUACAAAGUAGAUUAGCAAGACCAAGUGUGUUCGUGGAAUACUUCCUGAACAGAAACGGUCUGAUGUCGCUUCCAGGAGGAGCCGAGGCACUAGCAUUCGUCAGAACGAAAUACGCGCCGGACAGCAGACCGGACGUUGAACUCUUAUUCGUGUCGGGAUCCUUGCACUCUGACGGUGGUAUACCCUUGAAAAAAGCGCUCAGGAUAUCCGACGAGGUCUACAACACCGUUUACAAGCCUAUCGAGAACAGGGACGCCUGGUCUAUCUGGCCUAUCAUGCAAAACCCCCGGAGCGUCGGUAGGCUGACCCUGAGAUCGAAAGACCCAUUGGAACCGCCUAAAAUAGAGCCGAACUUCUUCUCGCAUCCGGCUGACGUGGAAAUAAUUCUGGAAGGGAUCAAACACGCGAUCAAUGUCUCGAGGACAGCUUCUUUUAAGAAAUACAAUAGCAAACUGCACGAUAUCAAAAUCCCUGGAUGCAAACAGUUCGAAUUCGCCAGCGACGACUAUUGGCGAUGCGCGAUUAAACACUUGCCGUCGAUGAUGAACCACGAGAUCGGCACUGUGAAAAUGGGCCCUAAAAGUGAUCCUUACGCUGUCGUAGACCCAGAAUUGAGAGUGUACGGUGUCCAAGGUUUGAGAGUCGUGGACGCUUCGAUAAUGCCCGCUAUGCCAACGGGACAUGUGAACGCUGGCAUUUAUAUGAUAGGCGAAAAGGCGGCUGAUAUGAUUAAACAGGCCUGGCAAUGA